AUGGCUUGGUGGUUGUUCAGCUGGGUAUCCAGGUCAGUGUCAGAAAGGAAGAAAGUUGAGAAUUGUGUCACAUCUACAUGGUUGAAAAAGUCGGCGGUUUGGUUUGAUGACAGGUCGGGCGUAAAGUGCGUGUCGUGGCAGUGGUUGUGGGUCAGGUCUCGGCUGCCGUCUUCGGCGCUGGGAUUAAAAUUGUUACUGAUGCCACUACCUAUACAGGUUGUGCUUGUUAGAAUACUGCUACUGCUUCCAUUACUAAUGCAACUAUUGCCGUUACUAUAG